UUAUCACUUUGUUUUUCGUUAUAGAUGAAGCCGAUACCAUCCCGGACGACUUUUAUCCUCCUGGUCCAAGCCGCCAUCAUAUCACUGACCUCAGCUCGUACUGGAUUUGAGAAACUAACCGAUUUCGAUUAUAAAGGCACAAAUUAUUACACUGCAAAGAAUUUAUCUUUGUAUGAAUGCCAAGGAUGGUGUAGGGAAGAACAAGAAUGUCAAGCAGCAGCUUUCAGUUUUGUAGUAAAUCCAUUAGUAGCUCAUCAAGAAACGUUAUGUCAACUACAAAAUGAAACGUCAGCUAAUAAUCCGAGUGCUGUUCCACAACGAUCGGUUAACAUGUAUUAUAUGACGAAGAUCCAAUUAAGAACGGAUAAUAUUUGUUCGAGACCUUGGACGUUUGAAAGGGUUCCGAAUAAGAUGAUUAGGGGAUUAGAUAACGCUUUAAUCUACACGUCGACGAAGGAAGCGUGCUUAACAGCAUGUUUAAAUGAGCAUAGAUUCACUUGCAGAUCUGUCGAGUACAACUACAUUACACUUCAGUGCCAACUCAGCGAUUCAGAUAGAAGAACAACUGGUCAAUACGUCCAAUUCAUCGACCAAUCCGGAGUGGAUUACUUCGAAAAUUUAUGUUUAAAAGGAAACUUAGCUUGUAAAACGAACAGAUCAUUUGGCGUACCAAAAAUCGGAGUACCAGACGACAAAGUAGCCCUUUACGCCGACCUCAACUACUACACCGACAAAGAAUUACAAGUUUCAAGCGAAGCGGCUUGUAAAUUAGCCUGCGAAAUUGAAAAUGAGUUUUUGUGCAGGUCAUUUUUAUUCAAAGGACCUCCUCAAGGAUCCCAAUACAAUUGUCAAUUGUACCAUUUGGAUCAUAAGAUGUUACCGGACGGUCCCAGCACUUAUUUGAACGCCGAAAGACCUUUGAUUGAUAAUGGAGAGAGGAUUGGAACUUAUUUCGAAAAUACUUGCGAGAAACAAGUUGGUGUUGGACCAUCAUCCGAAAAUACACUCCCAGUGGUUUUUGAGGCAACUGAAGAUCCCACCAUAAAUAAUCUAACGCGGAGUGAUAUAAAUUGUGAUAAAACUGGGACUUGUUAUGAUGUAUCCGUGAAUUGUAAAGACACCAAAAUCGCUGUGCAAGUAAGAACUAAUAAACCAUUUAACGGCAGAAUUUACGCCUUAGGAAGAUCGGAAACUUGUAAUAUGGAUGUAAUCGAUAGUGAUCUUUUCAGAUUAGAUUUAACGAUGAGUGGGCAAGAUUGUAACACUCAAUCUGUGACCGGAAUUUAUAGCAACACCGUAGUUCUCCAACAUCACAGCGUUGUUAUGACUAAGGCAGAUAAAAUCUAUAAAGUAAAAUGUACUUAUGACAUGUCUUCAAAGAACAUAACAUUCGGAAUGAUGCCGAUUAGAGAUCCAGAGAUGAUUAGCAUCACCUCAGCUCCCGAAGCACCACCACCAAGGAUUAGAAUUUUGGAUAGUCAUAUGCGAGAAGUUGAAACUGUAAGGAUUGGUGAUAAACUCACGUUUAGAAUCGAAAUUCCCGAAGAUACUCCUUAUGGAAUUUUUGCAAGAAGUUGUGUGGCUAUGGCAAAAGAUUCAAAGAGUACCUUCCAAAUAAUUGAUGAGGAUGGUUGUCCGCUCGAUCCAUCAAUUUUCCCAGCAUUCACAACAGACGGAAACGUCUUACAAUCAAUUUACGAAGCAUUUAGAUUUACAGAAUCAUACGGUGUAAUCUUCCAAUGCAACGUUAAAUAUUGUCUGGGUCCGUGCGAUCCAGCAGUUUGCGAAUGGGGAAGGGAAUCAUUAGAAUCCUGGGGCAGGAAGAAGAGAUCCAUCUCAAACGAAACCGAAACCGAUAAAGAAGAAGAUAUGACGUUGAGCCAAGAGAUUUUAGUGUUGGAUUUAGGCGAUGACAAACAAGAUUUUGAUAAAUUGGUAUACAAAGCAACCGAUUACCACGAAGAUAAAAUCACGAUAACCGAAGUGUGUCCAACGAAAACGUCCGUUUUAGCACUUGGCGUAACAUGCGCGCUUCUUGUUAUCUUAUACAUAAGUACCAUUUUCUGUUAUUACAUGAAAAAGUGGUUAAAUCCAUCCAAACACUUGCCGUAA